UCCCGUCGCCCGCACCACGGCGGGAAAAUCCGACAGCUUACCACCGCCGCUCUCAGCCCUCGCGCGUUUGCCCGGGGUCGACCCGCAGAACCCGCAGAGAUGGAAGAGGAGGCGGAGGCCGAGGAGCAGCAACGAUUUUCUUACCAACAGAGGCUAAAGGCAGCAGUUCACUACACUGUGGGUUGUCUUUGCGAGGAAGUUGCCUUGGACAAAGAGAUGCAGUUCAGCAGACAAACCAUUGCAGCCAUUUCGGAGCUGACUUUUCGACAGUGUGAAAAUUUUGCCAAAGACCUUGAAAUGUUUGCCAGACAUGCAAGAAGAACCACAAUUAACACUGAAGACGUGAAGCUCUUAGCCAGGAGAAGUAAUUCACUGCUAAAAUACAUCACAGACAAAAGUGAAGAGAUUGCUCAGAUUAACCUAGAGCGAAAGUCACGGAAGAAAAAGAAGUCAGAGGAUGGAAACCACAAUUCAAGAGAGCUGGCCGAGGCUGGAGUAGUGGAGAGUGAGAAGUAAAGUCUCCUGCCACGUGGAAAAUGCACCUUGAACAGGGAGAGCGACCUGGAAAUGCGUACGGCUGCAAAGGGAACUUUGAAGGGAUAAGUAGUGAUUACAAAGAAAAAAAAGGCUAAAGUGGCUUUUGUGCUGAAUUCUCCACAUUGUUAACUGCAAAAGCUAGUUUAAGAGGACAGGAAAGUCAUAAGCAAAAUACUCCUGGGUCUCAUUCCAGCACAUAAAAACUGUGUGUAAUUGAAUGGUAUGUAUUGGAAAUGAUAUAUCUUGCAAUUAAAAUUGUGUGAGCAAUUAAACAUGGUUGACUUUUUCAAGCAAAAAUCAGUUAUUCAUCUUUUGAUGUGAUUUUCUAGGCUAAAUGACGAUCUCUGAAAGGUGAAUAAAACUGAAUUUAUUUAG